AUGAAGUUGAGCACGGCCGUUUUGGCUCUCGGAGCCAUGUGGCAAGUUUCGGCUCAAUCGUGGACCUCAAAUGCCACCACUGAUGAUGAUCUGGACAUUCCGCUGUAUGAAUCAUCAGCAGCCUUGAAGAAAAGGUACGUCAAAUUUGAUUUCAACAAGCUCAGGGGCGAUUCUGCUGAUACAGCAGUUGCAGGAGCCCCGGGAAGUGCGAAACUGACCAAGAGGAGCGACGGAACCGCUUUGGUGUACUUAAAAAACGAGCAGACCUUCUACUCUGUGAACAUCGGUGUGGGUACACCCGAGCAAAACCAGACUCUGCUUAUCGAUACCGGAUCUUCGGAUCUGUGGCUAAUGGGAUCCAAUAAUCCCUACUGUGCCAAGUCGUCGUCGAAGAAAAAUGUGGAUGUCGAGGAAAAGGACUUACGUAGCUGGAUUUCGUCCAUUACAGCACAACUCUCCACCGUCACUCAAGUGACCGGAACUCAACCGGGUCCAACAUCCGUUUCUGCAGGAGACGCUACGUUGUCGUGCUCCCAAUAUGGUACUUUCGCCACCGACUCGUCCUCGAGUUUCAAGUCCAACAACUCCGAAUUUUACAUUUCUUACGGUGAUGGAACCUACGCAUUGGGUACAUGGGGCUCUGACAAAGUCACCUUGCAAGACGUGCAAAUCCCUAGUGUCAAUUUUGCUGUCGCUAACGAAAGUACAUCUGAAUUUGGUGUCAUGGGUAUUGGUAUGGAAGAUUUGGAGUCUACGAACACUCUUUCUAAGGACCGCCGCACGUAUAUCAACUUCCCUUCUGCGCUUGUGUUGCAAGGCGACAUUCAAAGCAGAGCUUUUUCUUUGUACCUGAACAAACUAGAAGAAACACAGGGAACCAUUUUGUUUGGUGGCGUCGACCACAGCAAGUACACUGGAUCUCUUUACACAGUCCCCAUCAUCAAUACCUACAAAAAUCUAGGUUAUGCUAAUCCUAUUAGAUUCGAAAUCACUUUACAGGGGUUGGGGAUAGAUGCCAACAAUACUCAAAAGACGUACACCACAACCAAGAUUCCAGUUGUCUUGGAUUCGGGCUCUACUAUUAGUUAUUUGCCAGCUUCGCUAGUAAGCGCGGUAGCCUCGAGUCUGAAGGCCCAAUACGAUUCAUCGAGUGAGCUGUACUUGUUUGAUUGCUCUGAGGUUAGCGACGACGACUCUUUUGUUUUCGAUUUCGGCGGAUUUCAAAUAAGGAGCAGUCUGGCGAACUAUGUGAUACAGACCAGUGACUCUUCCCAGUGCGCUUUGGGAAUGAUCCCACAGACUUCAGGUAGUUACAUUCUUGGUGACAACUUCCUUACUGCUGCGUAUGUCGUUUACGAUAUCGACAACAUGCAAAUUUCCAUGGCCCAAGCCAACUACAAUGGCGGUUCUGAAGACGUGGAAGUGAUCUCGAGUUCGGUGCCUGGCGCUACAAAUGCUCCAAUGUACUCGUCUACUUUCUCUUCUGCUGUGUCUAUUUCAACAGGUGGUAAUAUCUUUACCCUGUCGUCCGACGGAGCCGUCGCAACUGGUGGCAGUUCCAAUAGCUCAUCUAGCAGCAACACUCGUUCUGGUUCCAACUCCCGUACCAGUUCGGGUGCUAGUUCCACUGGCGGCUCGUCCAGUACUGGCAAAAAGAAUGCAGCAGUGGGCGUCACUGUGCCUAAUCAUGGAAUAAUCAGCUUUUUAGUCACCUUGAGCAUUGGCCUUGUCGCUGGGCUGUUGUGA